AAACAACCCAGAUACAUUACUAACCAGCCCGUUUAGGAGUCGGACCUGAAACGAGGAAAUUUGAAACAAAGAUGGGAUGUGCCAGCUCCUCAAACACUGCGGUCCACCCGCUGGUCAAGACGGGCCCCUGGAACCAGAAUGGAGCAGGUGGUAAACCCAGUCAACGCAGUGACUCCGCUGGGUCAAAGGGCACCAAGGACAGCGGGGUUGUGAUGGAAAACAGAGAGCUCCAGGUGUCAACUGGAGCAGUGCCUGAUGAACGGCCUCCUGAGUCCUCUGACAGACUCGGGGAACAUGAAGUUCACAGAGUUUUGCCAAAUGAUGCUGCUCCGAGAUUGCCGCAGGGUGACCUCUCAGGACAGGGGCGUCCCAAGUCCAGGGACUUAAUGGAAGAGCUGUGGACUCAGGGCAUCAUCCCAGUUCAGAGCUUAACGAAAGAGAAGGGAACUGCCUUCUGCAUCAUGCAUGAAUCCGUCACAAAGAGCCUUCCUGCCAGACUGGAGCCCCUGAAGGUCAAAAAGUCUCAAAAUUACAGCAGAAAAGAGCUUGAUGAGAAAAUGAGGCGUGCUGAGGAGAGACGCAAGGUCAAGCAAAAUGAGCUGAAGACACGUUUAACAACACGAGGUCGUAGACUUGCUCCGAUCUCCAACUUCGAGGAAGAUCCCGAUUCAGCCUUGACUCUUGUGGAGUUACAACCUCUUCCAGCAAUCAGCCAGUUCCCAGAAAAAAGAGAUGUGGGAGGAGAGUGGGUUAAAGAGGCUGCGGGACAUAGCAUGGAGAGGGACGAGGCAGAACAAAAUGGGAAAAACAGAAGGAGUGCAGCAGAGGAGAGAGGAGAGAGUGAGGAUGACUUAGAGAGAAGUGCAGAGGGAGGUGAGAUGGAGGAAGAGGAAGGGACUCUAGUAGAGGAACUCCGGCCAGGCGAGCUCCUCUCAGCCUCAGGGGAACUGGACAGUGAUUCUAGUUUUCAACAAGAAGACAACGACGACAAAAUAUUUUAGCUUAGUGCUAAAAGGAGUUCCCAAUCAGUCCUUCAGCGGAGACAAGAAAGAGGAAGAGAGCCAAAGGAUUUAAUUUGCACAUUCAGAGGGAAAUCAAAAAGAAUUCUCUUUAAACUGAGCUUUAAUGUACCUCAGUAAAGUUUAUCACAUUUGAUUAAAGAUGCUC